GGACGUUACGUCAUUGUAGUUCCGCUUUGUCUUUUUUUCCCCAUUUCCUACAGAAAAAAUGGCGUCUGUAACAACAGCCACAUCUGAGUGGAUCCAGUUUUUCAAAGAUGCAGGAAUCCCACCGGGUAUGGCUGCCACCUAUGCCAUGUCUUUUGUAGACAACAGAAUUCAGAAGACCAUGCUGAUGGAUCUCAGUAAGGACAUCAUGAUAGACCUGGGUAUCACAGUCAUUGGAGAUAUCAUUGCCAUCCUCAAACACGCCAAGCACGUCUACAGACAGGAUAUGUGCAAAAUGGCCACCGAAGCGAUUUCUUCUGGCCAGACCAGCGUUCAGGCUGAGCUGAGGCGCACUGCCAAUACUCUUCAGUACUCCUUUUCCUGUUCAGCUGCCACACGUAUGAUCGCCAAUGCCUUGAGUCGAGAUUCCCCACCGAGUACGCCUGCACGUCGCCCUGACAACCGGCUCUCUGUGACCAUCUCCAACAAGGGCUCCAAAACGGUUCCCAGUCAGCCUUCACAAGAGGGGAACGGAUCGUCAGGGAAACGCCGGCGAGUGACUUCAGAGAUGGAAGGGAAGUACGUCAUCAGCAUGCCAAAGGGCACCACAGCUCGAAGCCGUCGACUUCUGGCCCAGCAGGCCAAGAAAGUUACAGCCAAGAGUUUAAAACGUACUUCUGUGUUCGAGAGACUCGGCUCAGAGUCUAAGACAGACAUUGCAGCCGCCAGUAAGCAGGUAACAGGUGUGUUCAGCCGUCUAGGCAAAGGGAACGAAGAUGACGAUGCAGAUGUGGAAAUGGCAGAAGGUUCUACUGUUGUCGAAGACGAGGACAGUGAAGGCGAAGGCUCUGUGCUUCAGUAUGCCGGCGUCCUGAAACGGCCCCUUCCACCUUCUAAAAAGAAAGAGCCCAUCACUCAAAAAGCGAAACCUGCCACGCUGUAUCGUCUAGGCAAGAAAAUUAAACUCCCUCUGCCAGAGAGCACUCCUUCUGCUGUUCCAUCCUCUACCUCUUCUGGCCAGGAGGGGGCGCCAAAACGGAGAAUACUAAGGAGGCUGGGUAAAGCUCCCACAGCCAGCCCUGCCCCGGCAUCUUCUUCCAGCUUAAGAUCCAGCCAAUCAACAGAGACUCAGGAUAGUCACGUGACCAGCAGCAAGAGCAAGGCGAGCUCUGCUCUGGCCAGCCCUAAAGUGAGCAGCAGUACAGGGACAGGCAGGGACUCUCACGGGGCUCAGAUGGACGCUACCACAGUCAGUGUGUUCAAAAGACUUGGGGCCAAGAAGGUCUAAUGCCCACAAACCUGCACCUGAACACAUUGGGUGGACUUGAAAGACUUGAAAUUUGAGAUUGCAUUGUUGGGAAGGAAACCUGAUUUUAAUUAUUUACCUUUCUACAAAAUAAGGUACCUUGGAAGACCUUUUUUUUUAAUGCUGCUGGAUUGCUGAAAAUAUCUCGGGUGUUGAAUAUCUUCAAUUCACCCACUUCAACAUGCCUCACUUCCAAUACUGAAAACAAGAACGAUGUACUCUGAUCUCCACUUAACUCUCCACUGACCUUCCCUUAUUCAUACCAUGUAGGCAUUAAAAUGCAGUAUAUGUAUAUAAAAGUGCACACCGUACCUCAUACAGUCUCUGUCAACACCCCCUGACCUCAGUUGUUACUUUAAAGCCCUCCGUUUUCCUUCUUCUGAGUUAAGCCAUUUCAAGUGCUCAGAUGUAAUGAGUGAGCAAAGUGUCAUCUCCCCCUGCUGGGAAAUGGGAUAAUGUUGCUAGGCAACACACAUGGUGAUGGACCCUAGAGUGGAGUUGUUUAUCACUAAUGUUUUUGUUUUUAAAAAGAAAAAAAAAAAACCAACCAACUUUUUGGUUUGAAAUAUACCAGCAACUACUGACCACACUAUUGUCCCAGGCAUACACAUUUUUUUACCUGCUCCCUCUCAACCUGUCAACUGGUUUUUAUAUAAUAAUUUUGUUUAUAUUAAUGUCUUCAAAGUAUACCUUUUAUUACACAGGUUUAAAGCAGGGGAAAGAAAAAGUAUGCUUUAUUUUUAAAGUGGUUGUAUUUGCAAUUUAUUGACCAUAAAAUGGGAAUGGGAAACAAAACAGUAUUCCUUUUUUUUUUCUUUGAGACUUUGAAUUGACCAGCUGGACUUCUCGAGCUACUAUCAGGCACCCUAAUAACUAUUAGACAUUUUUACAUCAGUUUGUUAAUAUAAACCUGUGGUUUUCCCUCAAGCAAGAAAAACUUAUAAAGAAAAUGCAAUCAGGGAAACAAAAAUGUAAUAGCAUCUUAUACAUUUAUAUAAAAGCUAGUUUAAAACAUUUGUUUUUAUCUUUGCUGUGGAUCAUUGAUGAAGCCAAGGUGGUGUGGCCUGGACUGCUGAGGCAGUUGGUGCCCCUGCGCUCUUGAAGGACACUCAAGGUUUUUUACUUCAAACCUGACAAGCCGUGACUUAAUGGAGCAGAAACAUAGACGCCAUCAGUAGUUCAGAUUGGAAUUGUGAUUGGUAGAAGUGCACAGAAAAGAGGAUCUGUACACGAUUCAAAGCAUAAAGCUCAUCAGUAAGUAGGCAUGGGUGAAGUGUGACAUCUGAAGCUAACCUAAUGAUGUUACCUAAUGGUGGUGGCAGCAGAAAGAAUUCAGAAGUCUACAGAUAAUUCUGUCUGCCAGUUUCCAGAGAAAUGCAUUCAGUCUAAUUGGAAGGAACUUUUAAUGAUUGCAAAAAAAAAAAAAAGUUGUGAUAACUGUUUCAGUUUUGGUUACUGUUGCUUGUGACAACUCGGGUCUCAUGGGAAAUUCCUGCUUAUGUCUGUGCCAAGCUUACAAACUGAAUAACAACCAAACAUUCAACUACUUACAAA